AUAAAAACAGAAGGCAGCGCAGUCUACCCGGCACCAUCAUCUGUUAGUCGCCAUAUUGAACAGUUUCUGUUUAUCAGUGAUUUGAGAAAGUGUUUCGUAUAUUUAAGUACCCAAAAAAGAGCAUUUCAGUAUUAUAGGAAGAAAAAAGAAGGGCCAACGAAGGACAAGGAGCGUGUGGCGUCAUAAUAUUGACAUUUAUGUACAUUUCUUCAAGAUGGUAUGGAAGUGUUGUGUUCCGCAAUGUAAGUCCAUAUCUCAAAUACCAGUAUAUUGCUUCCCAGAGGAUGCAUUGAAAAGGGAACAUUAGCUAACAGUUAUAGGCAAAACUGAUCAGUGUGCCUAAAGAAACAUUGGCCAAAUUGAGAAUCUGUACGGAACAUUUUCCAGAAAAUAUAGUACAGCCUUAUGAGUCUAGGUGACACCUAACCAAUAAUGCUAUACCAACAUUACAUUUGCCUUUAAAUUUUGAACUGCAUGUUGAUAUUAACGUUAACGAUAAUAUUUGUGAGCAUGUUAGUGUAGUAGAAAAUGUUCCGAACAAUUCUGCUUUUGUGCCACUACCCAUAAACAUGGGUGAAGAGACAGCAAGAAAAAAUGAAGAAGAAGAAGAAAUCUAUGUUUUAAGAAGAAACUUGAAGACAUAACGGAAGAUGUUACGCAAUAAGAAGAUGAUUAUUUAUCAUCAGCAUCAGAGGAUCAACAGACUGCGACGUGGGAAUAUAUGGGAUGACAUCACGAAGGACAUGUCAAAUAUAUAGAAGACUUUCUUCCAAAUGUUGAUAAAUUUAAAAUGUUCUCCACAGGGGUUUGAAUACCACCGCGUAUCUGCACUCCGUGUCACGUGAUCCAUUUUAGUUCAGCAACGUCCGGGUACAGCCCCAGGUGGCGCCUGGCACUCGUUUUUCAAGAGGGGAGUCUGUACCCCCUGGUGGUUCAGUAACAAGAGACCUAACCUCAAGAGUGCUCCAAGCACUUCUGUCAAAUUCUCAACAAACAAGCUUACGUGGAUUUUUAAUCAAAAUCUUUAGAAUGUCAUCCAUCAAGUUGUUAGAGGACAGAAUUGCUAAUUUGGAGAAACAAGCUUACGGACCCAACAAGGCAGUUAAUAUUGAUGAUCCUGCACCACUGAAUGCUGUCAUAGAUCGUCUACUGGACGUCAACUCAUUGAUCUCCUCGGCAUUGUCAGGCAGAGAGAAGCCAAAUGCAGUCAUCAAACGGUUGCCAGAGCUAAAUGGUUACUUGGAUCCUGUUUCUGAAGAUAUUGAAAUGCCUACGAGUGCUAAAACACAGCUAUUGUUGACAAUGGAAUCAGAGAUCAUGGAGAAUCACAAGCUGUUGACUAAAAUGCAAGAACUCAUGCCAGUAUUAGAAUCUGAACGUAUCAAAGAUGUUCCUGAAUUUAAUAAUACAUUCAACAAGUUGUCAUUGUCAUACCUCAAAGCUUACGAGGAUUCUGAAGAGCUGAGUGCUCAUGUGCAUGACCUUUUAUCCAAAUAUAAUGCAGUUAUAAGUAGUAUAUCAGAAUCAUUAAUUUCUUUGGAUGUUGCAAUUACCGCUACAGAAAUGGCAGCUAUGCCAAAGAAACAAAUGGAAGAUGAUUGAGGAGAUAAUUAUUGUGUCCUGUUCAAUCAAGUGUAUCGGUGUUAAUUUAUUUUUUAAAUGCGUUAUAGUGUAAUAGUGCAAAAUCAGUUUUACCAGUAAUAUUUUAAAUUAUUUAUUAUAGUAAAAUGUUUUAGAAACACCCUCUGGCUUAAAUUAGAAUGAAAACGUUACAUAAUGCAGAUUUUUUUUAAAAUACAUUUAUUUGCCAUCCUUACUCUUGAAAUAUAAAAAUAUGCAUUCAUCAAUGACUAUGCAUAUAUAAACAUACUUUUAUCUUGCUGUAUCUCUAUAACAAUGCAUCUUAUUAAAAUAUUCAUAUUAUAUACAUUUAUCCUAUCUACUGCUUAUACUAUCCAUUGUUCAUUUCAGGAAUCCUUGUUUAGGAUCUCUGAGACAAACUGUCGAUUCUCGUAUAAUCGGACAUAUAUAUAUGUAUUGGUCUCUCAUCUUAAAUAAUCAUCUUUCAACUGAUGUAUGUAGUAGAAUAUAGUAUAUGUUAUGAAUAUCCGAGAUAUCACAAUUUGUUCUCAAUUGAUUCGAAAUAGUAACUUUUUUGUAACAAUUAUUACAAGGAUUUUUUACGUAAAAUAAAAAUAUGUAAAAAAGG